AUGUCGGAAUUGGAGGACAGGAAGCGUGAUAGAGACUUUUCCGGUGAAAACAGCGUUCCAGUUGACUCCCCAGAGUCUUCGAGAGAUGAGCACCAGGAUAAGAAGUCAAAGCUCGAGCCCAAAGAGCAGAGCAAUGCUCCAAGUUCUGAUGGGAUCACGGAGAGCGACGUAGGAAUUACAUGGUUCUUGACUCCAGAACUUCCAGGGUUUUCAGGCCAGAUCAAACAGAGAUACACGGACUUCUUGGUUAAUGAGAUCGACAAGCAAGGCUCUGUCGUGCAUCUGACAGACAAGGGAUUCAAGAUGCCCAAACCACCCAAGAAAACAAAGUCUGAGGAAGCCGAGGAGGAAAAAGCCGAAUUAGAGAAGCGCAAAUCAUUUCAAGUAGACGCCGAGUUGAGAGCCAAGCUUGUUGAAGUCCUUGGUGAAUCAGAUGUGGCUAAGAUUGAAGAAGUCUACAGAAAUGUGACCAAGAUGGAAACUACUAAAAGGUUCGAGGACAAGGCGGAACGUACGCAACUCCACCAGCUUCUCCGUGCUGCUUUCAACAAUCAGCUCGAAUCUGUCACAUCGCCAGAAAACACUUUCCAUAUCGCACUUGCGACUCGGAAAUCGCGUGUUAGCCGCAAGGAUCUGAUUGACCGCAACAGGGAUGCCAAUGGGGUGGAAAAUUGGGGAUAUGGUCCAACGAAGGAUUUUGUUCACUUCACUACCUAUAAAGAGAACAAAGACACUAUGGAUGUUGCAAAUAUCCUUGCAAGAUACUUGAGAGUUCCCACCAGAUUGAUCAGAUACGCUGGAACAAAAGAUCGCAGAGCUAUAACGUGCCAGCGUAUGUCCGUUUCGAAGAUUGGUGUCGAGAGAUUGAACGCCUUGAACAGAGUAUUGAAAGGCGUAACGUUAGGCGGCUUCAAUUUUGAAGAUCAGUCUCUCAGCCUCGGCGACUUGCAAGGAAACGAAUUUACCAUUGCGAUAAGGGACGUGGAAAUUGCACCAGACGCUGGCUUACCUUUAGAGAAAAUCUUGGAGGAAAGCUGUUCCUCUAUCAGAAACAACGGCUUCAUCAACUAUUACGGGAUGCAGCGCUUUGGAACCUUCAGUGUUUCCACUCACGAAAUCGGCAAGUGGAUCUUGCUAGGGGAUUGGAAGACAGUGGCUGACUUAAUUCUAGCUGAGCAGGAAAACGUUUUGCCUGUCUCAAAAGAGGCAAGAAAAAUCUGGUCCGAUACUCAGGAUGCGGAAGCUGCUCUCCAGAAGAUGCCACGCCAAUGCGUUGCAGAAAAUGCUAUUUUGAACAAUUUCGCUGAACAACAAAGAAAUGGCUCAACUAAUCUCGAUUAUUUCCAGGCCAUCAAUAAGAUUCCCAGGAACUUGAGAACUAUGUAUGCGCAUGCUUAUCAGAGCUACAUCUGGAAUGCUGUGGCAAGCAAGCGUAUAGAGCUGUUUGGAUUGAAAAUUGUUGCUGGAGAUUUGGUACUAGACUCAAGUGCUACUGGAACGUCAGAAGAUGCUAAGGAGGGCGCAAACGCGGAUACCAAUGAGGAAGAUGAGGAUUUUGCGGAAGAUUUGCGGGAAGCUCAAUUUGUGAGAGCGAGACCAGUCACUCAGGAUGAAGUGGAUGCCGGCAAAUACAACAUCGAAGAUGUGGUGUUACCAACUCCAGGUUUUGACGUUGUCUACCCUGGCAACGAAACGUUGCGCGAGCUGUACGUGAAUGUGAUGUCAAAGGACAAGCUAGAUCCUUUUGAUAUGAGACGCAAGGCUCGUGAUUUUUCUCUUGCUGGGUCUUACAGGAAUGUGAUUCAUAAACCUACCAACCUUGAAUACAAAAUACUGCAUUAUUCGUCGCCUACUCAGCAACUUGUGAACACGGAUCUGGAGAUAUUGAAUAAUCAGAAGGGAAAGGAAAACCACCAAAGGUACAUGAAAGACAAGCUGAACCGGUUCCCCGAGGAUAAGGGCGGCGACAGCAUCGCCGUGAUAUUAACUUUCAAGCUAGGAGUUUCUGCAUACGCUACAAUGCUUCUGCGUGAACUCAUGAAGGUAGAAUCUUCUCGUCGUGGUGAUAUGUGUGCUGUGAGAUCGUGA